UGCUGUUCUCCACUGAGUGUCUCUCUCACUCUCUUCAAUCGCUCAGUCACAGAGCAGGGGAGGAAGGGCAGGCAGAGAGACCAGGGGAGGUCUGACAACACUAUCCCAGCGCACUGGCACUGAAAUUAAAAGUGCAGACUGACAUGUAAAUACCAAAACAGUCUGUGUUGAUAUAUCCUUGGAGGACCAUUAAAAUCCACAACCAAGCUGUCCUGCCAGAGACACAUGUAUACAACUUUUCCGGCCAGCAUGGAGAGUUAAAGGAGUUCUGGACGGACGCAGGGAACAUCCGGGACCAAAACACGUGUGUGUAAGUGCUUGUGUUUGUCUAGGAGAGUGAGAAAAAGAGGGUGCGAAUUACAAAAGACACAGUGGCAAUGCUCCGCAGUACUUUUCCAUACUGGAGGUCCAGUGCAAGGAUGGAUGACCCAUGUUCUACAUCAGCGAUGUUCCUCACCACAUUCUGAUACUGUCUCAAGCCAAGAGACCACUUGCAUGAACACAACCUGAUUCAGACGAGAGGAGACCAGCAGCAAGGAUAAAGACUCUUACAUCUUGCAACCUUCUCUACUAUGAUGUUGUGGUACAAGUCUGCCUGCCAAUUUCUCUCGCUGGCAACCCUCCUGGUCAUUGUGAGCUGCGGAGGAGGGGAACAGAGGAGAGGAACGGAAAGCGGAACCAGCAGCUCAGGACAGGGCAGCACAGGUGGCAGCGCAGGGAGCAGUAGUGGUGAUAGUAGUAGUAGUAGUAGUAGUAGCAGUAGUAGCAGUAGUAGUAGUGGAAGCAGUAGUAGUAGUGGAAGCAGUAGUGAUUACAAUAACAGACGCUACCAUAAGAUCCAGCAUGGUCAGUGCACCUACACGUUCAUCCUACCUGAGGGAGAGGGGAAUGGAGGAGGAUCUUGCAAGGAAGCGAAAGCCAUUGGCGGUGCCCGGUACAACACCAAUGCUCUCCAGAGAGACGCGCCGCUACCAGAGCAGGACUUUUCCAACCAGAAGAUCCAGCACCUGGAGCACAUUAUGGAGAACUACACCCAGUGGUUGCACAAGAUUGAGAACUACAUCAAGGAGAGCAUGAAAGCUGAGAUGGCUCAACUGCAGCAGAGUGCGGUCCACAAUCACACAGCGGCCAUGUUGGAAAUGGGCACCAACCUCCUCUCUCAGACAGCUGAGCAGACCCGCAAGCUAACUGAUGUUGAGACACAGGUUCUAAAUCAGACAUCACGGCUCGAGAUCCAGCUUCUGGAAAACUCUCUCUCUACCAACAAGUUGGAGAAAGAGUUGAUGGUCCAGACCAAUGAGAUCACCAAGCUUCAUGACAAGAAUGGGCUGCUGGAGCAGAAGAUGUUAGAGAUGGAGGUGCGUCACCGGGAGGAGCUGGAGACGCUGCGGCAGGAGAAGGGGAGCCUCCAGGCACUGGUGGGACGUCAGAGCGGGAUCAUCAGGGAGCUGGAGGCCUCGCUGAGCCGUGCCACAGGGAACAGCACCGCCCUGCAGAGACAACAGCAGGAGAUGAUGGACACCGUGCAUAACCUGCUCAACCUCUGCUCUAAAGACGGAGUGGUGCCCAACAGCACAAAGAGGGUGGAUGAAGAGAAGAAGUUUCGUGACUGUGCGGACCUCUACCAAGCCGGCUUUCACAAGAAUGGCGUCUACACCAUCCACAUCAACCCCCAAGAGACCAAAAAGGUAUACUGUAACAUGGAAACAGCCGGUGGUGGCUGGACGGUCAUCCAGCGCAGAGAGGACGGCAGUGUCGACUUUCAGAGAACGUGGAAAGAAUACAAGAUGGGCUUUGGGGCCGUGUCUGCGGAGCACUGGUUGGGGAAUGAGUAUGUGUAUCUGUUGACCAGCCAAAAGCAGUACGCCCUACGUGUGGAGCUGACCGACUGGGACGGCCACCAGGCCUUCUCUCUCUACGACCGCUUCCACAUCGGCAGUGAGAAACACAACUACAGACUGUUCCUGAAGAGCCACAGUGGGACUGCAGGCAGACAGAGCAGCCUGGUGAUCCACGGAGCGGACUUCAGCACCAAGGACAUGGACAACGACAACUGCAUGUGCAAGUGUGCUCUCAUGCUCACUGGGGGUUGGUGGUUCGAUGCCUGCGGCCCGUCCAACCUCAAUGGCAUGUACUUCACCCAAGGGCAACACGUGGGGAAGCUGAACGGUAUCAAGUGGCACUACUUCAAGGGUCCCAGCUACUCGCUACGAGCCACAGCCAUGAUGAUCCGUCCACUAGAUUUCUCAUAGACUGCUGAACUUCUGAACUUUUAAGCCGCCGAAAAGGCUGUGUCACACUUCCUGCUUAGUCCUGUUGUCUCAUCUCGUUGCGUUGAUCGUGGGAAUCACCUGAUCUGAAUCUUUAGUCCGAGCUGGUUCUUAACCGGAGCAAUGGCUUUCGCUUAGAGACGCAGUUCUGAUGCUCUGAUUUAAACAGGCUGCUGUUGCUUAAGUAAAACCUUUUUUUUGCCUUGACUGCACUCCGAAAAGCAGCUUUGGGGAUGGCGAGUGAAAGGUCCUCUGGAUUAACUUUGAAAAGAUUUGAAAGGGUUUCUGAAAUGAAACCAAAAUAGCAAACAUAAAAUGCAUUUCAAGAUGUUUGGAUUCAAGUCUCUUAUCACACAGCUGAAAUUAAUGCAUCAGUUAUUCAAUAAUGUCAGGAGGAAAAAUGGCCAAUAUUGAAUGCGUUUCAGGUGAAAAAUCUGAGCAGCUUUUUUUUUUUUUUUUCUAUUUUCACUUGGACUACUUGUUUGUAUUAUUGGCAAGGAGGGAUUGUACUCGUCUAAAUGGAAAGUGGCUGUCACAGGGCAUCAGGGUCUCUGUGUUAAACAGCAGGACUCUCUAUGAACUUCAAACAUCUGGAAUGUUCUAAAGAAGUAAAAGGGAGAUACAAUGUAUUUUUUUGAUAAAAUGAUACUUAGUAAAAGCAGGUCAUAAAUCUGUCAUCUGUACAAUAUAUAUUGGGGUUUUUUUUCUAUUAUUGAUAUGCCUAAUGUGCACGGCAUUCAAAGUGAGUAGCGUUUGUAUGUCUGUGUAUUUUGUGUGUGUGUAUAUAUAUAUAUAUAUAUAUAUAUAUAUAUAUAUAUA